AGGAAGAGGUGCAGGGCUACGCACGUGGGUAGUGGCGCGACGACCCGGCUCAUGGCUAGUUCCGCGGGGCUGUCGCUGUGCGGGCAGGCGCUGGUGGUGCGCGGUGGCAGCCGGUUCCUGGCCACUACCACUGCGAGCAGUGAUGAUGACAGUCUCUUCACAUAUGAUUGCAGUACUGCAGGAAAGAAGCCACAAGAAAACACAGGGGAGGACGGACAGCUGCUGGAGAAGGGGAGUGACACGAUCCUGGCGUCCACCUUCUCCAAGUCCGGAAGCUAUUUUGCGUUAACUGAUGACAGUAAGCGUCUGAUUCUUUUCCGUACAAAACCAUGGCAAUGUCUGAGUGUCAGGACCGUGGUGAGGAGGUGCACGGCCCUCACAUUCACAGCCUCUGAGGAGAAGGUUUUGGUGGCAGACAAGUCUGGGGACGUUUACUCCUUUUCAGUGCUGGAGCCACACGAAUGCGGCAAACUUGAACUUGGGCACCUAUCGAUGCUGCUGGAUGUGGCCGUGAGUCCUGACGACCGCUACGUCCUCACCGCCGACCGGGAUGAGAAGAUCCGGGUGAGCUGGGCUGUGGCCCCGCACAACAUUGAGGCCUUCUGCCUGGGACACACCGAGUUCGUGAGCCGCAUCUUUGUGGUGCCUGACCACCCCGAGCUGCUUGUGUCCUCCUCCGGGGACUGCACCCUGAGGCUCUGGGAGUACAGGCGUGGGCGCGAGCUGCACUGCUGUCACCUGACGCGCCUGCAGGAGCCAGCGGGCCCGUGGAGCGACCAGAGGUUUGCCGCGUCCAGGAUCACUUACUGGAGCCGGGACAGCUGCGUGGCGCUGCUGUGUGACUGCGUUCCUGUGGUCUACAUUUUCCAGCUGGACGCCCCCGGACGGCAGCUGGUUCACAAACAGCAGCUGUCUUUCCAGCACCGAGUGUGGGACGUCGCCUUCGAGGAGAGCCGGGGGCUGUGGGUGCUGCAGGACUGCCGGGAAGCCCCGCUCCUGCUCUACGUGCCCGAGGAUGGCCGGUGGCAGGCUGCUCCUGAGAAUGCGGCAGUGAAGAAGGUCAGUGCUCACCUUCACAGGAACUGGGCCAUGCUGGAAGGCUCUGCUGGUGUGAACGACGGCUUCAGCAGUCUGUACAAGGCCACCUUUGACAACAUGGCCACUUACCUGAAGAAGAAAGAGGAGAGGCUGCAGCAGCAGCUGCAGAAGAAGCGACAUAAGAGCCCACCCCCGGGGCCCAACGGGCAGGCCAAGAAGGUGAAGUCCGGGGAGGGGUCCCAGAGCGGCUCGUCUUAGCCAUGGCGCGGCUCUCCCAGCCCCGAGAAGCGGAGGGGUUUCACUCGUCCCCCCCUUGCCUGUCGCUCCUCUGAAGGAAAACAGGGACGUCACUGCCCACUUAGGCUUGGUGGCAGUCGGGUCCAUCCAGCUUCCCAGAGACGGGGGCUGUCCCAAUAACUAGAUGGUAUCCCAAGCUCCAGAACAGUCUGUCACUGAGCAGAGGCUCCGUGGAGGGUGUUCUGCACACCCUGCUGGUGACCGGGAAGCCGAAUGGUGUGUCGACGUUAACUGGAGACACCGCAGGCGAGCAGCUCCGAGCCUGCAAGCGCCCCGCCUUCCUGUUGGAGGGUACAGGAGCCUGUGUUCGUGGCACUUGCUGGUUCUGCUCUUUCCAUAAUGCCACCCACGCCUGGCACAGCUUUCACCAGGGGACUCCAUAAGCAAACAGUUUUACUCCGGCCUGAUGGGUGUUUUCCUUUUGUUCCUGUCGGUGGGUCCGUCUGGGCGGCGUACUGCACUGUCCACCCCCGCGGCCACUCGCCAUGUGGGGCCAUCACAGCCCAAGGAGAGUGAAGUGCUCAGCUCCCCCCUCGGCCCUGGCCACGCGCUCCACCCUCACGUGUGCCCCGUCCCCACGCAGUGAAGGCUUCCGCUCAGCUGCGGACGUGAGGGCCUGGCAGCCAUGCUGGCGGGGAAGUGGACUCGCUUCAGGAUGUGAGAACGGAGGAGCCAGGCCGGAAACGUGGCUCCGCAGGGAAACGGUCGAUGACAUGUGUAUUUAUUAUUUUGAUUUGAACCUGGUGCACAUGUCACGGAAAGCGGGGGUGUCAGCUGGAUCUAAUCACCAAUCAAUAAAGAUGAGAGCCUUCUGCAGCUUCUGGAAGUGUUUAGCGGCGACGUGUGGAACUAAUUUGAAAAUA